CAGAAAAGAAAUUACUAGAACAAACUCUAUUUCCCACCCCAAACGCUCCUUCCCCUCACAGCAUUCCUUCUCAGAAACACGAUCGCCUCUCCACCGACUACCCCAUUUCCCCUAACCUCACUCUUUCCUUCGCCUUCACCUUUUCCCUUGUCCCCUGCAACAGCAAGAGGAUUCCUAACAGCCCUUCUGCAUCUGUAAAUCAAGGAAUGGAUAUCCAACUUUGGAGACUCCAGACGUUUCUGACGCCUGGGGAGGCGAUAUAGAGUUGGGUAGCGGUUGAAGAUUACCUUGAUUUCGAAGGGGAUGGCAGAGUGAUCUGUUGUUAGAAGUGCGAGGCGGUUUUUUCGGUUUCUGCUGGGCGUUAGUGGAGCGGGAGGGUUUGGUGGGGUAUGUCGAGACUAUAUUUUGAGCUUCAGAUAAGGUUGCGUUGGAGUUUGGUUGGUAUGGCUUGUCGGAGAGCGGUGGCGGUUGAAGAGAGGCUGGUAAGGAUUUGCUAGGAACCGGUUUCGUGGUUUCCAUAGGGGGGUUUUCAAGGGAUCCCUGAGUUAAGCUUGGUGAUUGACCUGAACCCCGGAGGCUGUUCCGUGCAGAACGAGUUCGUUUGGCGGUGGGACCAAGAUCAGUUUCUCCGUUGGUAGAAUUGGGGGAGCGGAAAUCUGGCGACGGGCUGCCGGUGCCAUUUUGGUUCAAAGAUCUAAUGAUGGCAACGGAGUUUCCCCCCCAGUUGGUAUCUAGUAACCUUUCUAUCUCUGUGCGUAGACGUUUGUUGCGCUUCGGGGGUGCGGUGGACUUGAUAGCUAGUUUCUGAGCUUCCGGGGCGGUUAGAGGUUUCGCCCCGGGAACUUCUUUUGUGGACGGUAGCUUCUUUUUAAUAGCCAGAGGGCCCUCCCCGCCAUUUAAGAGAGCAAUUGGUUCCUUCCUAUACCCCAGCGCAGGCUCUUCCGGACCGGGAGCUACAACUUGCUCUUGCUCCUUGACCCCGAUAGUUUCAGGUGUUAAACCUUUGUCUCCCUCGUCAUUUGAUCUCGGUCGCUCAAGGGAGCAUUUUCUUGCGACCCAUUCGGUUAGCUUUGGUAGCUUUGCUCUGUAGUACUGCUCUCGCCUGAGUGUUGGGAUUGCUUGGGCGUAAGAAGCUUUAAAUGCGAUACGGACCGCGCUUAAGCGUGAGUGGUAGUCCAGACGGUUUUGCCAUGCUAUUUCUAUGAAUUCGUUAGCUUAUCAAAUUUCAAUUGGACUCCCAGUUUUUGUGAGCUUUUUUUACCUUGUGGGUCCUUCAUUUUAUGCUUGUUUGUUUGCUUAUUUGCUUGUGGUCGUCGUGUGGAAAGAGGCGAGUACAGAGGAUAAGGCUGGGACGUUUAACCAAAAAACGGUGCGGGAUGCCAAGACAACAGGGGCCACCUAACGAAUCUGAGGAGCCUCACCUUAUUCCAACGCCGGAGAUGUCGUGUCUUUUAUAAUUGAUUUAGGUCCUUCGCUCAUUUUCUUCCCCUACUCAACUACCACCAACGAUACAGCGGACCACCCUACCCUCGCCCCCCCCGUACCCCUCCCCUCAUACAACAAGGAUAUACAUUCUGAUCCGCCGAAAUCUUAACCAUGGCAAACUUCUUCCAGUCCCCUCCCCCACAACAGCAGCCACACUAUGGCGGUGGUGGUGCUCCUAACAAUCUCCAGUUCUACCCAUCGUCGUAUUCAAGCCAGACGCAAUCCCCACAGGGUUAUGGCUUCGGUGGCAUGGGCAGUAUUCAGCCCGGCGGUGCCGUCGGUAGCGGCUCGCGGGAGCACGGGUUGACGAAGGGGUGGCUGGCGGCCUUUGGGACAAGCGGGUAUGAUGAUGAGCCUCCGCUGCUGGAGGAGCUGGGGGUGAACUUUGGACACAUCAAGAUGAAGACAUUAAUGGUGUUGAACCCUAUGGCUAGCGUAGAUCAGCACAUGAUGGACGAUAGUGAUGUCGCGGGGCCAAUAUUAUUCUACCUGCUUUUCGGAGCUUUCUUAUUGCUGUCCGGGAAAGUCCACUUUGGCUACAUUUACGGUGUCGCCCUCCUGGGCAGCAUCUCGCUUCACCUCAUCCUAAACUUAAUGUCACCGCCCACAACUAGUUUGAACUACAUCCGCUCCGCUUCAGUGUUAGGCUACUGCCUCCUCCCCCUCGUCUUCACAUCAGCACUCGGCAUUGGCUACAACAUGAACGGCUUCAUUGGCUACAUCCUUAGCGCCGCCGCAAUCGGGUGGUGUACCUAUUCAGCCAGCAAUAUGUUCAUCGCAGUCCUCCGAGUAAGAGAUAUGCGGCUCCUCGUUGCAUACCCAUUGGGGCUUUUCUAUAGUGUUUUCGGCAUCAUGGCGAUUUUCGGCGGGAGAGGCGGCACGCCUCCUCUCGCUUAGAUUGGAGGCUUGGGCCGGCUGGGCGCGUUUCUUUAGUUGAUUUAUGCGAUGGCUUGCGGCGGAAGCAAACGCAUUUAUAUCAGAAUAUUAUAUUUCUUCCCUUUUUUCAUACUUCUCCUUUAUCAUCCUGGGUUGGGUAAACGGGAAUACAACAAAGCUUUCAUUGAAAGAAAAAAA